ACUGUGUUUGCGUAUUACAAAGUUAGGUCGACAUACUCAUUGUCGAUAGCAGAAUUACAUUCAAUAAUGAUUCAAUAUAAGUAAGGUUAUCAGACUGAAAGACCGCAGAAAGUAAAUAUAAAAUAGUAAACAAAAUAGGAAAACAUAACAAUAAUAAAUUUUGAAUGUCCCCAAAUGGCCAAGCUCUAUUGUAUUGUUUUGUACUCUAAUGGCCUUUACAAUCAAACUUCAACGUUUUGAAUCAAAAUUCUGUUUGCUAGCAUGGAUUACUGUUGUUUUAUACGUUAUAUACAAAUUUACCAUAUCGUCUCAGUCAUAUUUUCAUUCAUAUCAUGACCAGUAUGGAGACUUUACUGAAGGCUGGGCGUUUCUCAAUUUUCCAAACAGGGAUAUUGCGGAUUUUGAAUGGCAAAAUAUUAAAUAUUUUAUCACUGCGAUAUAUCCUAUAAUAUUAAUUUAUUUGGGGUUGUCUGAAGCAGGAAGGUAUUUGGCAAUAAACAAUAUACAGUUUCACCAGUAUUUUCAAAUAGCAUCCCCUGUGCUUUUCCUAACAUAUUCAAUGGGAUACAGAGUCACAUUGCUCGCCCUGUUACAGCCAGCUAUAUUUCGUAUUUCAAUAGUAAACCGCAAUACGAUUUGCACAUGGAUAUUGAAUAUCCUAAGCCUUGCUCUCAUUGCUUUGUACAAGAAAAUGUGCUCCCAAGAAGCUUUUUUAAAGUACAUGGGUUUAAACGCUUUUGAGGCCUACAUGCAUAUUUUGAUGCUGUGCUGGAUGAAUUUAAAAUGCACCAGUUAUGCCCUUAAUCACACGCCUAAACGACUUGAAGAAUAUCUGUCCUACUGCUUCUAUUUGCCUACAUUGUUUACGGGACCAUUUAUCGAUUAUGAGGAUUUCAUGAAGGUGCAUAUGCGAAAACCUGGAACUUUCAAUUUGAGGAUGAAAAAAUUAAUGCUUAAUAUUUUAAGGUGCCUCUUUUGGAUGCUCUUUAGUGAGUUCUGGUUGCAUUUCAUUUAUGUGAAUGCAACAUCAUUUCAAUUAGGGUUUGUAAAGUCGCUAGAUCUGUCUAGUCUGUGCGGAUACGGAUAUUCGAUGGGUCAAUUCUUUCACAUCAAAUAUGUGGUUUUAUAUGGUUUGACUACCAGUGUGGCUUCAUUUGAAGAUAUAAACGUCCCUACUUUCCCUAGAUGCAUAGGCAGAAUUCAUUUAUAUUCGGACAUGUGGAAGUACUUUGAUCCUGGAUUAUAUAAAUUUUUAAAAACAUGUAUAUUUAUUCCCGCUCAAAAAUUGGGACUGGCAAAGCUGGGGGCAUCGUUUCUGUGUUUCGCUUUUGUCUUUAUUUGGCAUGGUACCGAAGAGUACAUCUUUGUGUGGGCUUUGCUCAAUUUUACCGGUAUUGUGUUGGAGAAUUUAGCCAGCAAUUGGUACAAAAGAACCUUGAGCUCGUGGUAUUGGAAGAAGCUCUGCCCGAGCAGCCCACGAAGGACAAAAUGCUUACUAUCAGCUCCACUCUUGGCCAUGUCUGCUUUGUCGAAUUUUUACUUCUUUGCUGGAAAAGAUGUGGGAGAUAUUUUCCUCUAUACGAUAUUAAAUGAAUCAGUUUUUAAGAAGGCCUUUAUAGUGGCUGCACUUUAUUUCUGCUGCGAAGUAUCAACCGCCUUCCGAGAUAUUAAUGCACACGCUCCUUGAUUUAUACUGAUUAGUUAGAAGUAAAAUUGAUGUGUUUGACUGUGCUUUCAUGUAUUAAAGAUUUAUAGUUUCUAAUCCAAGAAUGUUUCAGUUUUCCUAUUGAUUGUAUUUUGUUAUUUGUAUGUACUUUUUUUAAAUCGCAAGCACGGUGAAAGAGCCUACGAAUUAUUUUCUACUCACGCUUGUCGUCAAAUAACAUUUUUCGCAAUUUCAUAUAUUAUGAAAUAAGACGGAAUCUUAAAAUCGGUGAAUAAUGUUCAAAUUAAUAGUUUUAUUUUUAAUGUAUUUACUGAAUAAGUUUAUUCAAUUGGUUUUGUCAUGAGGUAAAUAUAAUAUAAUUGCUAAAUUGA